AUGGUUCUCACCAUGCUGGGGGCUCUGUACCCCAGGGCCGGGCUGAGACUGUUUCUCCUGUACCUCGUCCUGGCGUCCGCACUUCUUCGCCCCCAGCCUCUGAGGCCUCAGCGAUCUGUUCCUGAGGACUUUUCAGCCCCGCUGGAACUCUCGGAGCCGCUUACUGGCCUGGUGGAUGACUACGGGGUCCAACCCAAGCACCCCUGGCCACAACGGCCACGGCCCCUUCUCUCCCGAGCCCAGCAGCGCAAGCGAGACGGGCCAGACAUGGCUGAGUAUUACUAUGACGCACACUUGUGACGGGAGCCCCUUAUAAAACUAUUCUGCACAGCAAAGGCUUGGGCUUUUCUGGGAGUGCGGGCCGGGUGUGGAGGGGUCCACGGAGAUACACCCACUGCGGUCCAGACAGGAAAUGGCACUUUAAUAAUCGUGGCCAG